UGUAUUUUCAGUUUAUCAUCUUGUUCUAAGAAAACCGUUUUUGAGACACAUUUGUUGCUCUACUGUAGCUUGACACAAAUAUGAUGAGCCAAGCAGCUUGGGCAAGGACCAGCGGCGGAUUUCAAAACACAGAUACCUAUUAUGUUCAUUCGUCUUCGCCGUCAGUGAAAGUGCUCAAAGUGACUGAAAACCUCGAACAAAUAGACUUGUGCAGGUUGAUGUGAUGGUCCCCCAGCGGUGAGAUAUGUGGGCCUUCUCACGUCUGUGAGACGUGCAAGGAUCAGCAAGGGAGAUAACUAUGGACAGCGAGGAGGAGCACGAGGGUGACCAGCACCAUGCUGCUGUCACCUCCCUCACCGGCUUCCUGUUUGGCAACAUCGAUGAGAAGGGGGAGCUGGAGGAGGACUUCCUGGAUGAGGAAUCCAAGAGACACAUUGGUUCUCUCAGUACGCUGGGAGGGAUUGGGUCGAUGGUGAAGGAGCUGACUGAGGAUGCCAGUGUUGCAGGGGACUCUGCUGGGGGCGGCUUCAGUGAUGACAGUGGUUCAGAGGACUAUUUUCAAAAGGCUCCGAAUGCUGUGGACUUCUCUGACAUCAAUGAGGCGGCUGAAGAGUCGUACGAGGAUAGCGGGGCACGGAUGCGGGAGGCGAUGGGGUCUUUCCACAUGAUGAGACAUGACGGUAAAGAUGAAGAUUACGAUGAUACUGAGUGUGACAGAAAGCUGAUGCCGCCCCCGUCAUGGCUGCCGGGCCACGGCAUGUCCGGCCAACCAGAUGGCCUGCAUCACGACCCAAGUCAUCUGUCACCCGUCAAGUCAACUCAUAGCCCUGACAAGAGUUCUCCCAAGUCCGACUCUCUGUCACCAGGCUCCAAACUGAAGACACCCCUAGCAGACAUGUUGCCCCCACAACUGUCUGAGGUGGAUGUGACCACUCUCUUCCCAGAGUUUAGGCCUGGAAAGGUGUUGCGGUUCUCUAGGCUGUUCAAGCCUGUGCACACACCCCACGUGUGGAAGAGGAAGAGGAAGAAGAGGGAGGACGACUCUAAAGACUCCAAGGAAGACCAGAAAGGGGAUGAGGAUCAGAAGGAUGACAGAGACGACGAUCCUUACCAUGUGCCAGAUGGUGGACACUCUGAUGUACAUAUGGACAGACCAGCGUUCAGGGACCGGGUGUUUGAGGACGAAGAGGAUGUUUACAUCACCCCCAACCUCGGCCGCGAACCCAAACCAGAGGAGGUUGAGUCUGAUGAUGAGGAGAAGAUGCUGAAGCCUAUGGAACAGAUCAUUUCCAAGUCCACCCAGGACGGAAUCACAGACUUGGAGCAGAAGAUGGAGGUGGCGCCAUGGCGGUACGGCCCCGCCCAGCUGUGGUACGACCGUCUCGAAGUGGAUGAAACAGGAGAAGGAUUUGACUAUGGAUUUAAGUUGAAGCAGCUGGACCAAGAGCCGGAGAAGGAGAUGGACCCGCUAGAAAUCUUCUCACAGGAGACGUUCCUGAUGGUGACUCAGGUCCACUGGGAGGACGACAUCAUCUGGAAUGGCGAUGACUGCCGGCAGAAAGUGUUGCAGUCACACAAGGCGAGGGCUGCUGCUGCAGGCUGGAUCCCCAGCACCAACAACAGAACUGCUGGACAGUUCAUCCAACAAGCUCGGGGUCUGACUACUUCUCUUAUUCAGAAGCCAGGUUCAAGUGUUUCAACCAAACUGUUCCCAGGACAGAAAGAUAGUGAAAUCGGAGACAACUCCUGGUACUCCAUCUUCCCCAUUGAGAACGAGAGUCUAGUUUACUCCAAUUGGGAGGACGACAUCAUCUGGGAUGCUGAGUGCAUGGAUAAAAUACCCACCCCUCCAGUGCUGACCCUUGACCCCAAUGACGAGAACAUCAUUCUGGAGAUCCCGGCAGACAGGGACUCAACGACAGAGAGCGAGCCUGCGAAGAAAGAGAAGGCAGAGACGAAGAAGUCCAAGAUAUUGUUGGGGAAAGCUGGCAUCAUUAAGGAGGAACCAGAGGAAAAGGAGGAGGAGGAGCAGACAAUCCAGCGCAAGGAUCCGUUCAACUUGUCAAAUGACGAGUACUACAACCCGAAGGUGAUGGACAACUCUCUCCGGUCUACCCUGGGCAGUAGCCUUAUACAGCACUCCACUCCUGCUGUUGAGCUGCGGCAGCCCUUCUUCCUCACUUAUCUCAAUGCCAACAAGAUGCGCAGCUUCCACCGACCACAGCUGAAGCGGUACUCUCACGGCGCCGUCACGGAGGCAGGCUUCCAUCCUGUACACCCUCUGCUGAAGCAGAUCCGGAGGAAGGCCAAGAUUCGAGAACAAGAGCGUGCAGCAUUUGGAGGUGGCGAGAUGUUCUUCAUGAGAACCAAUGCAGACCUGACUGGCAUGGACGGAGACUUGAUUCUAGCAGAGUAUGCUGAGGAGUACCCUCCCCUGUUGAUGCAAGUUGGCAUGGCAACCAAAAUAAAGAAUUACUACAAGAGGAAACCAGGCAAGGAUUCUAAUCCCCCUCAGUUCCCGUUCGGAGAACUGGCUUAUGCCCACACCUCCCCGUUCCUGGGGAACAUCCAGCCCGGCUCCUGCCUCCAGGCAUUCGAGAACAACAUGUACCGAGCUCCUAUCUACCAACACAAGACACCGGAAACAGACUUCCUCGUCAUCCGAACACGCCAGAACUACCAUAUCCGUGAGGUGGACACUAUCUACUGUAUAGGGCAGGCAGGGCCUCUCUAUGAGGUGCCGGGACCAAACUCCAAGCGGGCAAACAACUUUGUCAGAGACUUCCUACAGGUGUUCAUCUACCGUCUGUUCUGGAAAAGUCGAGAUGAGCCCCGUAGGAUCAAGAUGGAGGAUAUUAAGAAAGCAUUCCCUUCCCACUCGGAGAGCAGCAUCCGCAAACGUCUCAAACUCUGUGCCGACUUCAAGAGAACCGGUCUGGACUCCAACUGGUGGGUGUUGAAGCCAGACUUCCGCCUGCCGACAGAGGAGGAGAUCCGGGCAAUGGUGUCUGCAGAACAGUGCUGUGCUUUCUACAGCAUGGUCACAGCAGAACAGAGGCUCAAGGAUGCUGGGUAUGGAGAGAAGUCUCUGUUUGCUCCGGAUGAUGAGAAUGAGGAGGAGACUCAGAUGAAGAUAGAUGAUGAAGUUCGCACGGCCCCUUGGAACACGACCAGGGCCUACAUCUCCGCCAUGAAGGGGAAGUGUCUACUGAAGCUGAACGGCGUGGCAGACCCCACGGGAUGCGGGGAGGGUUUCAGUUACGUCAAAGUCCCCAACAAACCUCAGGCCAAGCAGGAGGAACAGAAGGACACUCCGGUCAAACGGACCGUCACUGGCACUGAUGCUGAUCUCAGGAGGCUGAACUUGAAGGAUGCGAAACAGCUGCUGAGGAAGUUUGGUGUGCAGGAAUCAGAGAUUAAGAAAUUGUCAAGAUGGGAAGUCAUUGAUGUCGUGAGGACAAUGUCAACAGAGCAGGCCAAGACAGGGCAGGAGACUGAAAACAAAGCUGGAGGGUGGAGCAAGUUCGCCCGGGGCAACCGCUUCUCCGUGGCGGAACACAUGGAGAGAUACAAGGAGGAGUGCCAGAGGAUCUUUGAUCUCCAGAACAAGGUGUUGUCCUCCACGGAGGUGCUGUCCACGGACGAGGAGUCAACGUCAGGAGAAGAUUCUGACUUUGAGGAGAUGGGCAAAAACAUAGAGAGCAUGCUAUCCAACAAGAAGACCAGCACACAGUUGAGCAUGGAGAAGGAGGAGGCUGAGAGGCAGGAGCUGCAGCGUAUGCUGAUGGGAGACAACAGCAUCGACAGCAAGGAGAAGAAGAAAGGAGAUGCUUUUGGGCUGGGGAAGGAUGAGGAUGGUCUACUCUCAACACCAGGUGGCAGGAAGUUGAAGAUAACACGGACAUUCCGAGAUGAGAUGGGAAAGACGUACACGAGGACGGAGAUUGUGAGGAAAUCUCAGGUGAUCGACACGUACGUCCGGAUCAGACAGACAAAGGAUCCCGGCUUCAUCAAGCAGUUUGCAGCCAUGGAUGACCAGAUGAAAGAGGAAAUGAGGAAGGAAAGGCGAAGAAUCCAAGAGCAACUGCGUCGUAUUAAGCGUAAUCAGGAGAAACCUCCUCCGCCUCCUCCGAAGAAGAAGAAAAAGAAGGAGAUGCCCCUGUUGAAGGUAAAGAUGAAGUGCGGAGCCUGUGGCCAGAUCGGACACAUGCGUACCAACAAGGAGUGUCCGAUGUACAACAAGGGAGGUAACUCUGCACCAGUACAGGUGGCCAUGACAGAGGAGCAGGAAGAAGAAGAGGAGAAGAACAUUCCUCUGGACAGCAACCUCAUCAACCUGGAGGGAACCAAGCUGAAGCUGUCAAAGACGAUUCUUGCCCAUGCUGAGAGCAUCAAGAGGAAGUCAUUGUUGCUGAAGUUCCCAAAACAAGCCGUUGAGGCGAAGAAGAAGCGACGCAUUGGGACUGUGGUACACUGUGACUACCUCAAGAAACCCAAGCAGUCUUCGAACCGUCGCCGCACCGAUCCAUUGGUUACCCUGGCUACCAUGUUCGAGAGCAUACUGAAUGAAAUGAGAACUCUGCCUAAUACCCAGCCAUUCCUGUUCCCUGUCAACCCCAAGGAGGUACCGGACUACCACAAGAUCGUCAAGAGACCGAUGGAUCUGCAAACAAUACGAGAAAAUAUGCGCAACAAGAAGUAUCAUUCUCGAGAGGAGUUCCUGGUGGACAUCAUCCAGAUUGUUGACAACAGCAAGAUGUAUAAUGGAGCUCGACAUCUACUGACAGAGACCUCACAGAACAUGAUGAGCCACUGCCUGAAGAGGUUUGCUGAGAAAGAGCAGAAGCUGAUGCGCUUGGAGAAGGCCAUCAACCCCCUCCUGGAUGACAACGACCAGGUCGCCUUCUCCUACAUCCUCAUCAACGUUGUCGAGAAGAUGAAGUCUGUGGAAAAUUCGUGGCCUUUCCACCAGCCAGUCAACAAGAAGUUGAUCAAAGACUACUACGAGAUCAUCAAGAAGCCCAUGGACCUCAAGUCUCUGCUUCAUAAUGCCCAGACCCAUAAGUACCACGCCCGAGAAGCUUUCAUGGAGGAUGUGGAGUUGAUCUACACCAACAGCAUGGCGUACAACGGCGCCGACAGCCCGUUCACUGCCACAGCCCGGAAACUGAUAACCAUCUGUAAAGAGGCUCUGGAUGAGGAGGAACACCUACAACAGCUGGAAAGUGAUAUUGCUGCAUCAAAGGAAGCUGCCCUGGAUGCAGCCGAGACUGACAGUGUGAUCACAGGCACAUCUCUCAAGACAGAUGAAAACAGUAUGCUGGGUGGGGACGAGAGCUUUGAUGACAUGUUCCUGGGGGUAGAUGACGAGGGCUUACCCAUCACUAAAGUAGGCAGGUCACUGGAUGGGACCCCUGGCAAGAGGAAGAAGGGGGCCGCGCAUGACGACUCUGACUUGGACUAUGUUGACAUUGAGGGUGACGAUGAUAAUGCUGUUGAUAUGAGAUAUGGUCACCCCAGCACUAGUCAUUUGAGUCAGCUGGACAGUUCUACAGCAGAGAAUGAUGAGUACCUGGCCCGGGAGCUGCAAGCUACCGACUUUGAUGAGGACGAGGACAUUCUGGGCAAAUUGAGUGAGAGUGAUGGUGAUGAUGAGCCGGGGGAGAACUCCAUGGAGGUGUCGCAGUAUUUCGCCCAGAGUGAGGAGGCCCAGGACUAUGAUGCCAUGCAGCCGGGCUACUAUCAGCCUGGGACCAGCACAAUGGAGGGCCAGCCAAUGGAUAUGGGUUAUGAUGACGAGAACAGCUUUGACCCGACUGAGUUCUUCAUGAGCAGUUCCCUGGCCCAGGCCCAGGUGCAGGUGCAACAGGGCAUACCCACGGACAUCAACCGCGACCUGCAGGUGUCCGAGUCGGACGAUGAUGAAACACCACACAUACCUUCUGGCAACCAAGAUGAGGGGUUUGAUCUGGAUUUCUUCUGAAGACACUAUCCAUUUUAAGGACACAGAACAAGUUAUAUUCUCAAGAGACAAGGUGGAUUAUCUUCACCAAAUACAAAGUUGGAUGUCUUCUUUGGACAGCAAAUUGAGUUGUUCCUCUGAAGAAGAAAGAAAGUUAUCUUCUGAAGACACAACAGAAAUUGUUCCUCUGCAGACGAAGUAGGUUAUAUUCUGACGAUUCAAAGGAAAUUGUUCCAACGAAGACCAUGUGUGUUAACUUAUGAAGACAAUUGAAUUGAAUAUGUGUCUUGCAGACAUUUGUGUCUUCAUAAAUGAAGUUACUGAUUUGGUAAAAUGAUCCAACUGUGUCUGAUCUGCCACCAUGGGACUGACCCGUGAAGAUCUGGGGUAGAAUAGGUCUUCAGCAACCCAUAUUUGUCGUAAGACUUAGGGGAUUGGGUGAUCAGGCCCGCUGACAUGGUUGGUGCAUGCCUUCAAUCCCAAUUGCUCCAGACUCAACUCGAUUAUUUACAGAAUGUUGCGAAGUGCAACAACAAACCAGCCAUGGGACUCUGGGCCAUCACAGGACAUUGUCUCUUGGGGCAGUGUCAGAAGGGAGACAACUGCUGAUACAGUUUUGUUCAUUAGUAUUUAACAGUAUGUUAUUGUUAAUACACAUCCUCAAUAUGAUGGGGUGCGAGUUAUUGUGUACUGACCUGAGGCUGGUGGUCCUGUACCCAGACAGACAGGAGCAAAGCAGUGUGUGAACUGCUUCACCGAACACUGACAGUUUAUGUUCUGUCUAUUGUAUAGGUGUGUGACACUAACCAUGAUGCACACAGCGAGUUGUACUUGACCUGCUUGUGGAAGUGUCUGUAGAUUCUUGUUCCAAGUGCUUUAAGGGUUCAAUCAUGCCAUGAUGUAUGGCCAAAUAAGGACAUAAAAAACGAUAUGUUUUAUAUCACUAAUUAUGUGUAACAUCUUCCAAAUGCAAGGUAGUUUACCGAUUGUAAAAGUCUUGCUGGAAUUUCUGAGCUCAAUUACGAGUUUUGUCCCUCUUACUGACCAAUCAGAUUCCACCUCUCAUAUCACUUGCAUUUGGCGGUGCACAGUCAAGACAAUCUGAUUGAUGUUGUAAUAAAAAGGCAUAGAGCAGCCUA